GUCACCGGUUCAAUCCCGGUAUUGUCCAAUUUAUCUUUUUUUGCAGUUUUUCCAUCAUCCAAGCACCAACACAAUGAUCAUUUGGCAAGCUCUUUCGUCAGAACUUCUUGCAGACAUAAAAGAAAUGAGUAAUGUGGGGGAGUGAAAACUUCCAUACACCCGCCACAACUGUUCUUGUCACGAACUUGACAUCAGCAUUCAUUCCCCAGCGCAACUUAAUAAAUGCAGCCACUCUCACUGCUCCGAAUCACCUCCCCGCCAAGAAUCAGACUCAAUUAUCGCUGAGAUGGCUCGCUCCGAAGAAGCACAAGCUUUUUUCCAUGCCGUCUACAGCGCCGUGCAAGAGAUUCCACACGGCAAAGUCACCAGCUACGGCCACAUUGCAAAGCUGGUUGGGACACCGCAACGGCCCCGGCAGGUAGGAGUCUGCCUCAAACACCUCCCCAUUGACCCGUCAGCCCGGUUCAACCAUGAGAAUGUACCCUGGCAGAGAGUGAUCAAUGCCAAGGGCGUUAUUUCUCCUCGAUCUCAGCCGGAAGGUUCACGCAGCCAAGCGGCGGCGUUAGAGGCCGAAGGGGUGGUUGUUACAACGGGGGCGCUGGGAGAGCUCAUGGUUGACUUCGCAGAGUAUGGAUGGUUCCCAAGGAUACUACCGUCGGAGGAAGGAGAGGAGCUAGAGUCCACUGAUAGCGGGGAAGGCGAAAGCGAUGAGGAAUAGUUGAGACAGACAUUAUCAUCAAAGGACUCAAAGAGCAUAAUCAUAGCAUACAAGCGAUAUCAAGAGUCACACAGAUUUACAGAAGGGAAGGUUACGAAGAUGAUCAGGUGUCAUUGAGAGCUAUUCUGAAGUGGACCGAAGUGACGAUGGCUUGGCGUAUUCCAGCAAGCCUCGAGUGGUGCCAGUUCAAGAUAUCCUGUCUUUG